CCGUGCAUCUUUGCGAGCAGAAUGGCGACUGGUCCGAUCAUCCACCCUAACCUAACCCGAUUGGAGCGGACGUAACCUCAAAACGCGACGAUUGCAUCGCGACGAUGGCGGGAGCGCGCGUUCUCGCACGAUAAAACCCGCGGCGCGACAUGGCUAAUCCGUGACGAGAGUUCGUGUCGACGAACGCGCGUGUUUUUCCACGCGGAUCUUCCAAAGGAUGAUGUUACUCGACCUGGAUUACGCGUGGCGUUACCUCGGUCUGCAGAUCAACGAGGCGAUCUGCUGGUGGUGGUACUACAUCAGGGAGAUCUCGUGGCAGUUGCUGAUCGCCCUGGUGGCGUAUCUCUGCGUCUGCGUCUUCCUCUACGCGGUCUUGAAACGGGUGAGCCAUGCCGCUUGGCAGCUACCAGGUCCGCCUGGACGAUUGCUUCUGGUCAUCGCUCAUCCGGACGACGAGGUGAUGUUCUUCGGGCCGUUGGUGUACUGGCUGGCGCGCGCCAAGACCAGCGAGGUCUACCUGCUCUGCUUGUCCAUGGGUGGGGACAGAAAGCGAAUAGACGAGCUAUGGGCAUGUACAAAGGUGCUGGGCAUUCCAGAGGCUAAUGUAACUAUUAUCAUGAGUAGCGAGUUACCAGAUGACCAAAGCGUGCAAUGGCCAACAGAUACUGUGGCGGAGAGUGUAUUGCAAUACAUAGAGAUGUAUAAAAUCAAUGCCGUCGUGACGUUCGACAAGUACGGAGUGAGCGGACACAAGAAUCACGUCUCUCUGUACUUUGCGGUCGCCGCACUGUGUAUAGAGAAGAAAGUACCUCCUUAUUGUAAAUUAUAUAUCCUAGAGUCCGUUAAUAUAAUCAGGAAGUAUGUUCAGUUCCUAGAUUUGCCUAUCAGUUUGCUCUCAGCCUCGUACUGGUAUCUCGUGACAUAUGAGCAGAAACAAACAAUCAAAAGUGCUAUGGCCGCGCACAAGUCCCAGUACGUCUGGUUUCGAAAGUUGUACAUGAUUUUUUCACGAUAUACAUUUAUCAAUACCCUCCAAGAGGUCAAUGCCCUCGAUCUGGAGCUGGAUCUCCAGUUUGACGAGGACUGAGCGUCGUGUAAAGAACGAAGAAUUGUACAAAAACAAAAAAAAAUGUGUAAUUUAACAAUUAAACUGUACAUAAUUUAUCUAUUAACUAUCGCUAUCUUAGCUAAUACGUAUAAAGUGCAUAAAACAAAUAUUGUAACACACAAAAGAGUAUAUCGAGAUUUUAAAAUAUACACGCAUGUAAACGUAACUUUUUUAUAAGCGGGAAAUAUUUUUUUAUUCAGUGCUAUAAUAGAAUAUACAUCGUAAAGUUGUUUCCGAACGAGAACAGUAAAUCGACUUUCUUUGUUUUUUUUUUCCUCGAUAUUAUAUAUAAUGUUCUAUUUUCUCUCUAUAUAUAUAUAUAUUGAUAUUGUACACAACCAUUCGUACUUGUAAUAAUUAAUAAUAUAUAUAUAAGUCCAAAUGUCACAAAAUUGUCACAAAAUUUGUCAUUUGAUAUGUACUUAUCAGGUGUGUAUAAUACUUAAUUUAUAUAAAUCUACAAUUACAUAUCGUAGAUUUAAAAAAAAACAAAAAAACAAAUUAU